GCUUGUGAAUGCGUGUGAGUGAGUGCGCGUGUGUGUGAGAGAAAUGUCAGGAGAGACCAUGGGGCAGCAGCGUGGAGGAACUUUGUCUGUGAAAUCAGCCAAGACAUAAAGAACUACAUCACUCAGAACUGACGGGAUUUGGUGUGAAAACAGCCCCAGAUUGUGAGCGGAUAGUGUGUGUGUGAGGUGGGAUGUUAUCGGUACUCUCCUAUGGACGGAUCGUUGCCAGGGCCGUCCUGGGCGGACUCUCUCAAACAGAUGGCCGGGAUUAUAAGUUGGUCACAGCGAGCUGCGGCUUCGGGAAGGACUUCCGUAAAGGCAUCCUCAAGAAAGGCAUGUGUUACGGAGACGAUGCGUGCUUCAUAGCGCGCCACAGGUCCGCAGAUGUCUUAGGUGUGGCAGAUGGGGUGGGUGGAUGGCGUGAUUAUGGCGUUGACCCGUCUCAGUUCUCUGAGACCCUGAUAAGGACGUGUGAGCGGUUGGUGAAGGAGGGACGCUUCACUCCUAGCAGUCCUGUGGGGAUCCUCACCUCAGCCUACUACGAGCUCCUACAGAACAAAGUACCUCUGCUGGGCAGCAGUACAGCGUGUAUAGUCGUGCUGGAUCGGAGAAGUCAUCAAAUCCACACGUGUAAUCUGGGCGAUUCGGGCUUCCUGGUGGUCCGGGGCGGUGAGGUGGUCCAUCGUUCAGACGAGCAGCAGCACUACUUUAACACCCCCUUUCAGCUGUCAAUCGCCCCACCAGGGGCCGAGGGGUCUGUGCUGAGUGACAGUCCCGAAAUGGCAGACAGGUCUUCGUUUGACGUCCAGCUUGGUGACAUCAUCCUCACUGCCACGGAUGGACUUUUCGACAACAUGCCAGACUACAUGAUCCUACAGGAGCUCAAGAAGCUGAAGAACACGAAUUACGACAGCAUCCAGCAGACGGCACGCAGUAUAGCGGAGCAGGCCCACGAGCUCGCCUACGACCCAAACUACAUGUCCCCAUUCGCUCAGUUCGCCUGUGAUAACGGCCUCAACGUCAGAGGAGGAAAACCAGAUGACAUCACGGUGCUGCUCUCCAUUGUGGCUGAAUACACGGACUGAUCUGCGGAGCUUCGGCCUUUCUUUCUCUCACCUUCUAUCUCUCUAGUCCUUGUGUCUUCCUUUUCAUCUGCUGCUCGUCUGGAACCGUCUCUCGCCCAUCCUUUUCUGUCCUUGUCUUGAGUAGCUCAUGGGAAGAAAGAGGAGAGCAUGGACUUGCCAUUUUUGGUGGACAAUAGAUUCUAUAGGAGGCUGUUUUGUGCUGACAUACUAGAGGAUUAUGGGAGGAUGAGUCACCUGCUCAUCCUACGCCUCAAGUUGUAGGUUGCGGAUCCAAGAGCGAGCUGUUUUACUCAAGGUGCUUCGAAAUGAGAGCAAUCUCUCAGCACGGACAACGUAGGGGAUGUUUUUAUUUUUAGCCCCUUUUAUAGCUGGGAGAAUGUAAAGCGCGCAUGUAAGAGAGUCGGUUAAGAUUGUCUGCUGUUUGAGAUUAUGUCUGUGUGUGUGUGUGUGUGUGAGAGAGAGAGAAAGAGUGUGUCGUGUAAUUGGUGGAUUAACGUGUGUUUCAUGUCACUCGGUUCAGUAAGUGCAGCUCAGGAUAUGAUGACAUGGCUCCACCCCUUUUAAAAAGACUAAGCAGACAAUGCAGUGAUAUUAUGCGGUGCUUCUCUAUGGCGAUAUUAAAGUGUGGGCUUGGCCAGCAGAGCACAGCACAGAAGAAGCAGGGCAAAGAUGCAAAACUGGUUUUUGGUCAUUUGUGUUCUUUUUUUUUUUUUUCUUUCUUAGAAAGACUGUAAGCUGAUACUGUAACGUGUGUCCGAGGGAGAAUUUCUGUUUUGUUAGACACAUGGGGGUUUAGAGUGGUAUUAACGGCUUACUGAACUGCAUUAUGGGUAAGUGGGUAUGUAGCUAGUGCAGGGGUCUAUAAUGUGCUUACAAAUUAAAGCCUCGGUUCAUGAAUGUGCACAGUUAAAAAAUUCCCAUAAUAAACCCAGCCAUACUAGUCUGGACUAGCUUUAACUUUAAAAUAAAUAAAUUCUUUGCGACUUCCUAGAUGAGGUUUGUCCGUAUCCUGGUCUUGUGUGGCUCGAGUACAGUGCAGUGAUCUUUUGGCUUUAACUCCAGUUCAGCGUUUCUGCUGAUUUUUAAAAAUUUAAGAUACAGACAUUACAGACUUCUGUGGUGUUUAUGGAUUCAUUGCAUCUGUAUUUCAUCUCUCUCUGUUUCCAUCUGUCUUUUAUUUCUCUGGCCUUUCAGGAUGAAAAAACUAUCACGAUUGUUUAAGAGAAGCAUCUGAUCCAGAGAGACAGAAUUCUUUUAUCAGUUAAAAGUCACUUAUUUUGGUUUUGCAUACUUAUUACCUUUGAAGUGGGAAGUUUGAACUCUGGAUUGCGUUAACUUCGACCUCUCUGUGUUAAAGCUACAAAGUGAGAACUUGCUGAUGAGGUUGUAAAGGGAUUCUGAUUUGAUUUGUGUUUUAUCUCUAGUUGGAGUUUGGAAAUUCAGAUGCAUGUAUAUUUGUCAAAAGCAGCAGUUCGCAGCAGGGGUUCUGUGAACUCUAGAGGUCCACGAAGGUCCUGCAGGAGGUCUACGACCGUGUCCGAAAGUUUUAAAAACACAUUCGUGGACUCUAUAAAAAGUAUUCCUUGAAAUAGGAUAUAAAAAUAUCCUAUUUUUUCUAAAGCAGACUUUUACUCUGAAAGUUUCCUUAAACCCUACUGUAGGUUUCUUUUUAUAGUUAUUUUUCCUGUAUGUCGCCUGCAGUAUUUUCUCAUAAACAUAUCUGGCUCUCUUUCCUAAAGUAAAAUGUAAAAACAAGUAACCCUGACCAGGACAAAGAUGAAUGAGUGAACACUGGGGAAAAAAACAGCACUGUACGAGCAACACGUCACGUCCAACAUGCUUGUGUGUUCAUGAACUUUGACUGCCCGUUCCUAAAACAUUUUUGGUAGCGUCCCAGGAUCCCUGUCCUGUUGGACACCUCAAUAACACCCCACGGUAUUACAGACAAAUGAUCAUAGACCUCUAUAGCUACUAAGUUAAGUGUGAAAAAUGACUAUUUAAUCCAGACAGUAACAAAGUACCAGAUAUUCAUCUUUAUUCUUUAUUCAUCAGAUGUAAAGUGUUUUGUUGGGUUUUUUUUUUGCCUGCCACUCCAGCCACACUGGACCACAGGUAGACUCUUGCAUCCCUGUUAUCUGUUAUCAGCUGAGGUCGAAAUUGUGUUGCGAGCCGACGUCUGUAGCGUAGGUGUGUUUUUAGAGGAGCUGCACGCGCACAAUUGCAUGCGUGGAAGUCUGUUCAUGAAAUCACUAGGUCAGGUAUGUAAAAAAAAACAAAACAAAAAAAAAGGUUUAUUUUUAUAAGCUCUUCGUUUUUAGCAGAGCUGAGAAGAAACUGAUAGUCGAGCUGUUAGGCGAGUUAGGUGUGUGUGUGUGUGAAGCUUUGUAUAAGAUUUUUCUUUUCUAUUUUUAAGUUCUAGUGGUUUUUCUUACCUGCUGCUUUUACUUUGUAAAUGAUGUGUGCGCAUGUGAGUUCAUGUAUUUAACAUGUCUGUGUAAUAAGUGCCGGGGAGCAGAUGUUCUUCAUGUCCUUAAUGUUCAAAAGCAGAGGACAAAAGGCAAAAAAAAAAAAGAAGAAAGUAAAUACUCAGUUUGGCUCAUUUAUUCAUUUUUCCUGCUGUUAAUAAGCUACAAGAGUUCCGGUGAACCAAAGACACGUGCCCCUCCUCGCUGUUAUUAUUUUUGAAUAUCAUUCAAUCUUUUGGUCUUAUUUUGUAUAUUUGGAUUAAGAAAUACAAAGCAAUAUGCAGUACAGUAACGUAUGAUUUUUACAUUGAUGUCCGGACUAUAAGUUGCUUUUUUUUUUUUUUUAAUUCAUUUUCUCAUGGCCAGUUUGUUAGAAUUUGUAGCGCAUGUGAGGAUUAAGCCUAAUGUCAUAACUAUUGGGAAAACCUGGCUUAAUACACUAAAAUGACUGACUGAAUACAAAUCUUGCAAUUGUAUCUUGUCAAAUAUUAUUCACUGUCUGAAGGACAAUAGUCAUUAA